AUGUCCUCCUCAAAGCUUAUCGUUAUCAUCGGAGCCACUGGCAAUCAAGGCGGCUCUGUGGCGAACGUCUUCCUCGAGGAACCAGGUUGGAAAGUUCGCGCCUUAACUCGAAACACUUCGAGCACUAAGUCCCAGGCCCUGGCAGCCCGAGGCGCUGAGGUUGUUCAAGCUGACAUUGACACACCUGCCACACUAUUGACAGCGUUUGAAGGCGCGAACGCCAUCUUCGCUGUGAGUGACUACUGGGGCUUAUUUGGUGAUCCUGCCAACAAGGACAAAGCGCAGCCGGGCCAGCCUCUGAAUGUGUGGGUGGCUGAGCACGAAACACAACAGUUGAAGAAUAUUAUCGACGCAGCCGCCAAAGUCCCGAACUUGGAGCGAUUUAUAUUUUCCUCUCUGUCUGACGCUACGAAAUGGUCAAAAGGGGUAUACACUCAUGUGUACCACUUUGACUCGAAAGCCAAGGCGGCAGAGUACGGCAGGGAAACAUAUCCGGACCUCUGGGCAAAGACCACGAAUGAAUUUAACAUCUUUCAGAACUCCGAUGGAGUAGUUCAAUUCAUCGGGCAUAUGGAGCCAGACGUCAAAAUCCCAUUUGUUGCCGCCGAGGAAGAUUCCGGGCCCUUGGUCAAAGCUCUCAUACAGGAGCCCGCUGGAAAGAAUCUCAUUGGCUACCGAGAAUGGCUCACUACGCGCGAGCUAGCAUCGGCAUUUACAAAGGCUACAGGGCUGCAUGCAGAGGUUGUCACUUUGCCGAAAGGGCACUUUCCUCCAUCUAUUUCAAAAGAAUUGAAAGCCCAGCUUGAAGACAACAUGGGCUAUUGGAACGAGUUCGGGUAUGAGGGUAGAGAUGACCCUACAGUUAUUCAUCCCCGCGAUUUGAAGUCGCCCCCGUCUCUUGAUACAGUGGAAGACUACCUCAAGAAGCAGGACUGGACGAAGACAGUUAAGAAGUUUUCAAUCCCAAACCUCUUCGAAACAAUGCGAGUCGAAACUUAG